CAGUAAACGCCAUUUCUCGUGAAAGGCACUAAAAUAUUUUGUUUUCGCAGUUUUCCCACAUUAACAGUUUAUCACAAUGGCGCACAAUUACGUUGUGACAGCGCAUAAGCCAACGGCUGUGAGUGCCUGUGUGACAGGUAACUUUACUUCUCCAAAUGACCUGAAUCUGAUCAUUGCAAAGAAUACCAGGAUGGAAAUAUAUGUGGUUACACCAGAAGGUCUGCGGCCUAUCAAAGAAGUGGGGAUUUACGGGCGGAUUGCUGUGAUGGAACUGUUUAGGCCACCAGGCGAAACCAAAGACUUGUUGUUUCUAUUGACAAGCCGGUAUCAUGCAAUGAUCCUUGAAUGUCAUCAAGAUGGGGAAAACAUUGACAUCAUAACCAGAGCUCAUGGCAAUGUUCAGGACCGUAUAGGCCGGCCGUCGGAGACAGGGAUUAUUGGUAUCAUUGACCCUCAGUGUCGGGCUAUAGGGCUCAGACUCUACGACGGGCUUUUCAAGGUUAUUCCCCUUGACAGAGACAACAAGGAGCUGAAAGCCUUCAACAUCAGACUUGAUGAGUUGACGGUUCAAGAUGUUAAAUUUCUCUAUGGUCGCCCCACCCCCACGGUCUUACUUAUUUACCAGGAUCAACAUGGCCGACAUACUAAAACAUAUGAAAUUUCCCUGAGAGAUAAGGAGUUCCUGAAAGGCCCGUGGAAACAAGAAACCGUGGAGACGGAGGCGACUAUGGUGAUUCCAGUUCCAGAGCCGUAUGGAGGAGCCCUGAUCCUGGGACAGCACUCUAUCACUUAUCAUAAGAAUGAUUCCUAUGUAGCCAUUGCCCCUCCUGCCAUCAAGCAAAGCACCAUCACCUGCUUUGGAAAGGUAGAUCCUAAUGGCUCUCGCUACUUGUUAGGGGACAUGGUGGGAAGACUGUUUAUGUUGUUGUUGGAGAAGGAGGAGAAGAUGGAUGGCACAUUUGUGGUCAAAAACCUCAAGUUGGAGCUCUUAGGAGAGACAGUGUCAGCAGAAUGCAUUACUUACCUAGAUAAUGGUGUGGUCUAUAUCGGUUCUCGUCUGGGUGACUCUCAGCUAGUAAAGCUCAAUGUGGUGGCAGAUGCCAGUGGUUCUUACGUACAAGUUAUGGAAACUUUUACUAACCUUGGUCCCAUCGUCGACAUGUGUGUGGUUGACCUGGAGAGACAAGGUCAAGGACAGUUGGUGACGUGCUCUGGUGCCUACAAGGAGGGGUCAUUACGAAUUAUUCGAAAUGGCAUCGGAAUUCAUGAACAUGCCAGCAUAGACCUGCCAGGCAUCAAGGGCAUGUGGCCUCUUAAAGUGGCCUCGGACAAACAUGAUGACACCCUUGUUCUGUCAUUUGUGGGGCAGACUAGAGUGUUGACUCUAAGUGGUGAGGAAGUAGAAGAAAUAGAGAUGGCAGGGUUUCAGGCAAAUGAGCAAACUUACUACUGCGGCAAUGUCUGUGGCAAACAGGUUGUUCAGGUCACGCCAUCGUCCAUUCGCCUGGUGAGUUGUGAGACGAAGAAGCUGGUCUGUGAGUGGUCACAUCCAGAUGGCAAGAACAUCAGUCUAGCCAGCUGUAACAACAUGCAGGUUGUCUGUGCUGUCGGCAGUCAAGUCUUCUACCUGGAAAUUGCUCCUGGAGAAAUCAAACAAAUAAGCACAGCAACUAUGGAACAUGAGGUGGCCUGUGCUGACAUCAGCCCGCUGAGAGCAGACUCAGAGAAGGCAGAUUUAUGUGCCCUUGGGUUAUGGACAGACAUUUCUGUCCGGGUCGUCAAGUUGCCAAACUUUGACAGUUUGCAUGUUGAAAUGUUAGGUGGAGAGAUUAUUCCUCGUUCCAUAUUGAUGUCAACAUUUGAAGGUCUUCACUAUUUAUUGUGUGCACUUGGGGAUGGAUCUCUCUUUUACUUCAACCUUAACAUUGAUACAGGUUACUUGUGUGAGAAGAAGAAAGUCACACUGGGUACACAACCGACUGGUCUGCGGCCGUUCCGCUCUCUAGCCACCACAAACGUGUUCGCCUGCUCUGACCGUCCCACUGUCAUCUACUCCAGUAACCACAAACUGGUCUUCUCUAAUGUGAAUCUGCGGGAGGUCAACUACAUGUGCCCACUGAACUCUGAGGGCUACCCUGACAGUUUGGCCCUGGCUAAUGACAGUGCACUUACCAUAGGAACUAUAGACGAGAUCCAGAAGUUACAUAUACGCACUAUCCAUCUUGGGGAAUCCCCACGGAGGAUAGCCUAUCAAGAGACAUCUCAGACAUUUGGUGUUAUCUCCAUGAGGACUGAUGUCCUGGAAAACAACAAGACUAACUUGGUGACUGUAUUAUGUUCUCUGCUUACAGUAUUGCAUGCCCACCAGCUCCUUCCAAACGAGUUUGCCACCAGUCUGAUAUCUGCUAAGCUAGGAGAGGACCCUAACACCUACUACAUCGUGGGUACAGCCAUGGUGUACCCAGAGGAGGCAGAGCCUAAGCAGGGCAGGAUCAUUGUCUUCCACUUCAGCGAGGGCAAACUGACGCAAGUGGCAGAGAAGGAGAUCAAAGGAGCUGCUUAUACCUUGGAGGAGUUCAAUGGCAAACUGUUAGCCAGCAUAAACAGCACAGUGAGGCUCUUUGACUGGACGCCAGAUAAGGAGCUCAAUGUAGAAUGUAGUUUCUUCAACAACAUCAUAGCCCUGUACCUGAAGACGAAAGGAGACUUUAUCUUGGUGGGGGACUUGAUGAGAUCUGUCACACUACUGGCCUACAAGCCCAUGGAUGGACAGUUUGAGGAGAUUGCCCGAGAUUUUAACCCAAACUGGAUGUCAGCAGUAGAGAUUAUCGACGAUGAGCAUUUCCUGGGUGCAGAGAACUGCUUCAACUUGUUCACCUGUCAAAAAGACAGUGCUGCAACAACUGAUGAAGAGAGACAGCAUUUGGAAGAAGUUGGACUGUUUCAUUUGGGAGAGUUUGUCAAUGUAUUUAGAAAAGGUUCCUUAGUGAUGCAGCAUUCACUAGAGAGUUCCACUCCCACCCACGGCUCUAUUUUGUUUGGCACUGUCAACGGGGCUGUAGGCCUAAUUACACAACUUCCUCCAGAUUUUUACAGCUUUUUAAAAGAAGUUCAGGAAAGACUUGCAAAAGUCAUCAAAAGCGUUGGUAAAAUCAGCCAUUGCGUCUGGCGAUCUUUUUACACGGAGAGGAAGCUGGAGUCUGCCGAGGGCUUUAUUGACGGUGACCUGAUUGAGAGUUUCCUUGACCUAAGUCGAGAGAAGAUGCAGGAAGUGGUUCAGGGCUUACAGAUGGACGAUGGCAGUGGCAUGAAAAGGGAGGCAACUGUGGAUGACCUGUUAAAGAUGAUAGAAGAACUGACAAGAAUACAUUAGGAGUGGAACUCUUCAGUUUCUUAUUUAAGUAGAUGGUUUUUUGCGGAAUGCCAGUAUUAAGUCUGAACCGAGAAGAGCUGUGAAGAAGAUGACUAUAAUUUUUGUAUAGUAAUAGAAGCUUCCAUUACCAUAUGUGUGGAUUAUUGGAGCCAAGGUCUGAGAAAAAGAGUAAACAGUGAUGGUGCAGAGACAUCUUGUGAAAAGUUUUGAUUGAAAGCCUUUGGAAAAGAUGCCACUUUAAAAUCAGGAAUGUGGCCCGUGCUGAGCUGUUCAUAGUGCUUUUGUGGAACAAACCUAGUCAUUCAAUGAAAAAAUUUGCUUAAGAGAAGCUGUAUCAGUAAACCUGUAAUGUGCUGUUGUGAAGACUGAUUGUCAGAGGUGGGGAUUUGCUCUGCAUGAAGGACUGAAAUGGCUGGCUGGUGGUAAGGAAACCAGAAAGCUUGCGUGAAGGACUGAAAUGGCUGGCGGGUGGUAAGGAAACCAGAAAGCUUGCUUGAAGGACUGAAAUGGCUGGCGGGUGGUAAGGAAACCAGAAAGCUUGCUUGAAGGACUGAAAUGGCUGGCGGGUGGUAAGGAAACCAGAAAGCUUGCUUGAAGGACUGAAAUGGCUGGCGGGUGGUAAGGAAACCAGAAAGUUGGCCUGUGAUGGUGCAUAUGGUGCUCUUAGGAGAAACCAGACAGAGUUUAUUCUGAUUUGAGGAAGCAACUAAAAAGAAAUAAAAGUGGUUGGACAUUUGCAGAGUUCUAGGUGAUUAUGAGAAUAUAUGAGCUCAUAUGGAAGUAUAGCCUGGCUAGAACUCAUUUGUAAUGGAUGCUGACUUAAAACAAAUAUUUUGAAAUGUGCAGACGGGAAGCAGUCUGACUCUUUAAAGUCAGAUCUUUUGUAACUGAAGUGAUUUGUAUCAAGGUUGAAAGUUUAGUUGAAAAUGGCAAAAAUUGUUCUUUCUGAAUGAAUGAAUUUUGUUGUUUGUGUACUUAUAGAAAGCCCACUGAAUGUCAGUUAACCAGAAAUUUACAAUUCGAUGAGUGAAACAGUAAACAUGGUUGUAGGAAACCCUUCAAUAUGGAAAGAAUGGUAUAAAUCACUUGCAGGUGCCAUUGGAUAUGUGCAAGAUAAUUAGUUCAUUAGGAAAACUUAACAUUGGAGUCUGCUGUUGAGAGGUCAGAACUAGUUGGAAAUGAAAGGCCAGUUUGAGUCCUUAUUGUUACAUGUUACAUUCUGAAACGGAAUGCAUUUAUAAAAUGUGCUGUCAUCUCUCGCAGACGUAAAGAAGUAUGGUGCAUUUAUGAUAUAAAAGUGCUUGAUGAAACCCAGUUACUUCAGUGCUACCCAUGUUAGUUUUUUUAGUUAGAAAUUUUGCAUCAAAACAUGCACUGGCAUCUCUUUCAUGAACAGUUAUGAUCCUGUUCAAAAGCACAAAACAAUAAAACCGAGGAUGAUCAGUGCUUUAAAACAUUGUUGAAGACAGUCAUAAAUGGCUGUGGUUCUCAGUACAUCGAUCCUAAUUGUGUUACUAAGUUUGUAUUCUCAGAGGUUUUAAGGUCUGAAUUUGAUAAGAAUUUGGAUAAAUUUAUCAAGUAAGUGAGAAAUUCAAAUUCCUAGUUGGUGAGGUUUCCAAGCAUAAAGACACCUUUUCAAACUAAAGGUGGUCUGAAAUUGUACACUUCUACAAGCUCAAAUACACAACUGGUUAUUUUAUUUUCUGUUAAAAGCUUCUCCCUAAGACUCAUGUUUACCUUACUGAGUUGAAUAGCCUUCCCUUUAAUAUUAUGUAAAUACAUUUAAAGGUAAAUGCAAUGUGUGUCUCUGGAUCACUUUUAGAUGUGAGGUUUCCAUAAGCAGGAUCAGGUUUCAUAGUGCAGUCAAAGGUUUAAUGUACUGAUAGUCAUAACAACAAUAGUUGCUGGUAGUCGACAUUGCAUCACCUGUACAUCCCAGAACAUUUCACAAUUUUUCACCUAGUUAGUACACCGGUUGCUUAUUUGAUAAAAAAAAAAAAAAACCCUUUAACUGUUAGAUGAUUUACUGUAAAAAAAAAAAAAUUAAAAAGUACAACCUCACAAGAUAUGCCUGUAGAUCCAGAAGGCUUUGUUAAGUUUUCCUACCCAUAAACCCAAGAACCGAAGAAUUA